AUGGACCUGUUACUGAGACUAUUGCCAUUAACAGCAUUUCUAAACAGGAUUCAGGUCCGUGGCGACGCGGUAGCGCCGUCUAAGCAUCCAGGCCUCCAGGUACUGGCCAAUGCUACACACUACUGGCCUUUGGAUGCAGUGGAUGGAAUUCAUGGCCUUUGGGAUCAAAUCGGGAACAGAACAGCUCUAAGAAUCCACAACCACACUGUCCUGUCUUACCAUAACUCUACCUCUGUGUAUACCAAUGACUCUACCUACACUAAUAUUUCUGCUACAGUAGAUAUUGUAGAGGGGAUGGUUAACAAAGGAAUCUUUCUCAACGGAGACAAAGGAGCCACCUUCCUCCAUUUUGGCAACUAUAAGAACUCCUGCAUCAGUGACCCUACGUUAUGUGGACCCGAAGGAAUCACAUUCUCCUUUUUCUGGAAGAAUCACGAGGUGGAGUCACGGUUUGCGGUGGCGUCCGGAGGUAAAGUCAUCUCCAACGGCUUUUCUGUCUUUGCGAAUCCCUACGGGGGCUACGUGGAGUUCUACACGAGAGGAAACACCAAAAGGUGGAAAGUUCACAUCCAGCUGCCAGGUCCAUACUGGACGCAUAUUCUCUUCACCUGGACAUUUAAGGAUGGUUUAAAGGUAUACAUUAAUGGUACAUUCAACGUUAGCGAUACAACAGGGAAUGUGUCCAAAAACUACGGCGACCAGUAUCCUGACCUGGUCAUCGGCACCAGUAAUGAGCAUACCUAUAAGCACUAUGUGGCCGGAGCCUUUGAUGAGUUUAUCAUCUGGGAACGAGCCCUGUCAGAUGAGGAAAUCCUGGCUUAUUAUAAAGCGGCUAUAGGUAAAAACGCCGUCUUAACAAGCACGGAAUCUCUUCGUCCCUUCACCACCAGUUUGUCAGAGGACACUCAGGAUUUUCAAGAGCCGGUGUCAAUGCCAAUGCUAGGACUUCUCAAGUCUUUACCAUUCAACUUACCAAACAAGACUCUUCCCCAAAACACAGCCAACAACCUCACACAGUCUCUGCUGAACAGCGUUGAUGAGGUGAUCUCUUCCACUGGGCUUGUCUUACAGCAGCGGAUCCCAUUGGUCAGCGGUCUGAUAGAGACGGUGGAUAAAGCAAUGGUCCACAUGGCCUCUAAGCUGGAGGGCGACCCAAGCUCACUCGUCUCUAUUGGUGGAAAGAGCCAUGUGGCAGAUUAUUCACUGAUGAAAAUUCCUCAGAACUAUAAUCUACAGAGCUUCAGGUUCCCCACGCAAGGGAAGAGCUACAUCUCUGUUCCAGGAGAAGCUUUUACCAUGCAUUCCCAAACAACCAUAGUGGGACUUUUCUACCACAAGAUGCACAACUACUACAAAAAGAUCAGCCCACUCCGAACCAGGAUAAACGAAGCAGCGAAUUUUAAAGAGCAUAAAAUCCAGGUGGCCAGUUAUCUUAUCUCUCUGAAAGUGGAGCCAUCACCUGCCCUAUCACUGAAUCUGUCUGGAGAACCACUUAUCAAAAUCGUCCUGACCCACCAGCUGAGCAAAGAGCAAGAGAGGCAGGCCUUAAACCAAAGCAACAAAGUUUUUCUCUAUUGUGCCUUUCUUGACUACAGCUCUAAGGAAGGUGUGUGGUCUAAUGAGGGCUGUGUGAGAACUGAGGGGAACCUGUCCUACUCUGUCUGCCACUGUAACCAUCUUACCAACUUUGCCAUCCUUAUGCAGGUUGUUCCAGUAGAGCUCUCUAAGGCCCACCAGGUGGCGCUGUCCACCAUCAGUUACAUUGGCUGUUCCAUCUCCAUCUUUUGCCUGGCUAUCACCUUGGUCACCUUCGCCGUGUUGUCGUCUGUUAGUACCAUACGAAACCAGCGUUACCACAUCCACGCCAACCUCUCCUUUGCUAUCCUGGUGGCACAGAUCCUUUUGCUCGUCAGUUUCCGAUUUGAUCCGGGCACGCUCCCAUGUAAAGUCAUGGCCAUCCUGUUGCAUUUCUUCUUCCUGUGUGCGUUUGCCUGGAUGCUGGUUGAGGGACUGCAUCUUUACAGUAUGGUGGUCAAAGUGUUUGGGUCAGAGGGAAGCAAACACUUCUAUUACUACGGCAUCGGUUGGGGUUCCCCACUGGUUAUUUGCGUGGUUUCUAUGACCUCUUCUCUGGACAGUUACGGGGAAGUCGGCAACUGCUGGCUCUCCCUGAAGAAUGGAGCGAUCUGGGCCUUCGUAGCUCCGGCCCUGUUUGUCAUUAUGGUGAACAUUGGCAUUCUCAUCGCGGUGACACGGAUCAUCUCGAGAAUCAGCGCGGAGAACUAUAAAGUGCACGGAGACGCCAACUCUGUUAAGCUCACAGCUAAAGCAGUGGCUGUUCUGUUGCCCAUCCUUGGCAUCUCUUGGAUCUUUGGGGUUCUGGCUGUGAACGACCACUCCCUACUCUUCCAAUACAUGUUUGCAGUGUUUAACUCUCUGCAGGGGUUCUUCAUAUUCCUGUUCCACUGUCUUCUGAACUCUGAGGUUAGAGCUGCGUUCAAACACAAAACCAAAGUCUGGUCUCUAACUAGCAGCUCCAUUCGUAACAUCAACGUCAAACCCUUCAACUCAGAUGUGAUGAAUGGGAAUAGAGGUGGCAUGACCCCUACAAAGAUGAACACGUGGGACAAAAGCACCAAUUCAGCCAAUCGCAUUGACCUGUCAGCUGUUUAA